AUGCAGGUUCACGUUCAGCGGCGGAUGCACACGGAUGAGCUGAACAGCACUAUUUUAGACAAUGAGGUUCUGGCAGUUGAUAUGGGAGUCAACAUCACCAACCUUACGGACAAAAUAAACAUACAUUUCAAGAAUGUGAAAUACGACGGAAUUCCCUCUUGUCGUUCCUGGAAUAGUGAAGGCGUUCGUCCUCAAUGGAUCGAUGAUGGAUGCGAGACAGUGAUCAGUGACGGCGGCAUCACGUGCCAGUGUUCACACUUGACAUUCUUCUCUAUUUUAUUGACUCCGCUAAAUGAAACCAUCUCCAGUCCGGAUCUGAACAACCUUACCACCAUCACUCAAGUGGGCUGUGGCUUGUCCAUGUUCUUCCUCUGCAUUGCCCUCUUCAUGCACUACCUUUUAAGGAAGACGAAGGCCACGAUUACCACAAAGAUCCUGAUCCACCUGUUGUGGGCCAUGCUCCUGCUGAACUUGACCUUCCUGAUCAACGCCUCUGUGGCCAAUCUGAACCACACUGUGGGCUGUAAGAUCAUGGCGGCCGCCAUGCAUUACUUCAUGUUGGCCACGUUGACGUGGUUCGCCAUGCAGGCCUUCCACCUCUGCCUGCAGAUGUACAGCGGAGGCAAAAUUCUCAUCAAGAGAUAUGUGCUCAAGGUCUCUGUCACCAGUUGGGGAAUACCCAGUUUGAUCGUGAUUGUCCUGCUCAGCGUAGACAAAUACGGGCAACAAGUCAUCCACACUGACGAGGGCGCAAACAACGUGAAGAUGUGCUGGAUCACAGAUGGGGACGUCCAGUACAUCGUCAACAUAGGCUACUACGCGCUGAUCUUCGUCUUCACCUUCUCAACCUUGGUCAUCAUCCUGACGUGGUUCCUUUGCCUCAAGAGAACCAACAGUGAAAGCCCACAAGGGAACAGAAGUGGCAUAAAUAUGAUGACCGUCAUGGGGUUGUGUUGCCUGCUGGGCGUCACGUGGGCUUUUGCCUUUUUCGCCUACGGCGUGCUCCGCAUCCCUUCCUACUACAUUUUCACAGUACUUAAUUCUUUUCAAGGUUUCUUCCUGUUCAUCUACUACUACACCAACAGCAACGUGAAGGCGACGAGCACCAGCCCAAGUGUUGGUGUGAGCUCAAGCAGCAGCAGCAGCAGCAGCAGCAACACCACUGCCACCACUCUUGGAAAGGGCCUCAGUUUCUUAGAAAACCCCUACAGCAAUCUGCCCGAGAAAAAAACCCAAGCUUCAGAAGAUGGCUGA